UCAAUUUCAAACUCGUCUUAGAAACGUCAAAAUAAAUAAACACUAAAAAUACACUAAAUAAGUUACUCUUUUCUCUGUAAUUUGAUUAGGUAAAGUGUAAAAAUAUUGAAAAAUGGUUCACACAUCUAUGGAAGGCUCUUUAUUUGAGCCAACUUUAUACAUAGUGAAAGGCAUGUGUAUAUUGGAUAACGAAGGCAACAGAAUCUUAGCUAAGUAUUAUGACAAAAACAUACUUACAACUACAAAGGAACAGAAAGCUUUUGAAAAAAACCUAUUCAACAAGACACACAGGGCCAAUGCUGAGAUCAUAAUGUUGGACGGCUUGACAUGUGUCUACAAAAGCAAUGUGGACCUCUUCUUCUAUGUUAUGGGCAGCUCACAUGAGAAUGAGUUGAUCCUGCAAUCAGUGCUGAAUGCAUUGUACGAGUCAGUCAGCAUACUAUUGCGCAGAAAUGUUGAAAAGCGAGUCAUCAUGGACAACUUGGACUCGGUGAUGCUUACCUUUGACGAGAUCUGUGAUGGAGGAGUGAUCUUGGACUCUGACCCGACGUCCAUCGUGGGUCGCGCGGCGCUGCGCACGGAGGACGUGCCGCUCGGCGAGCAGACCGUGGCGCAGGUGCUGCAGUCAGCCAAGGAACAACUUAAGUGGUCGUUGUUGAAGUGAAACUAAAUAUUAAUUGCACUCAGUCACUAAGUUAGAGAAAUCUGUACUUAGCGACAUUUAAGUAAACCAUUAAUGAGUGUGCAAGCAUUUAUUUAUAUUCCAUAAUUUCAUAAUAUAUUAUAUACAUUGCAAA